AUGUCCUUCAAAAAUAUAUCCCAAUUUCCUGAUGGGAACUCGUUUGUUUAUUAUCAUUUACAAUUAGAUCGUUUAAUUAUCGCUAAUAGUAAUGGUAUAAUUAAACUACUCAAUUUGAAAGAUAUGGACUCGCAGCCAGUAUCUAUUGACUGUUUAUCCAAUCUUACCUCGGUUUCAAUUUACGGCGACAAAUUGGCGCUAACCACAACAGAAGGGAAGUUGGAAAUCAUUGAUCUUAUCAAACAUGAAUCACUCGGUGAUAAAUAUCGAUCGGAGUUGGCACUACGUGAUUCAGCGUACAUAAAUCUGGGUAAUAGGAUAUUGUGUGGUGGUGACGAUGACAAAUUGAUAGUCAUUGAUCUACAAGGGGAGAAAGAGAAAGAGAAAGAGAAAGAGGAAAAGGAAAAGGAAAAGGAUCCUAAUUCUAACUCAUUUGUAAAGAUUGUCAAUUUGCCCGAUCAAGUGGUAAACAUUGCUUACGAUCAAGCUGGGGAAUUGCUGAGCGUUAGUUUAUCAAAUGGCUCUGUUCAGAUAUAUUCGGUUUUCAAUGAAGAGUUGAAUUUGAAUCAUACCUUGGAAAACGUUAUUUCUAGAAAGAUCAAUACAUCAAUGGAUGAAGUUGAUUAUAUGGAAGAACAUCGUGAUGAAUUGUAUACAACAAAGACUCAAUGGUCGAGUAACGGUAAUUUCUUAUUGGUCCCCGGGGUCAAUAACGAAGUGCAAGUGUACGAAAGAGAAAACUGGACAAAAUGCAAAAGCUUCAAAAGUGACGGAAGGAUUGUGGAUUUCAAAUUAUAUGGGAACAACUUGGUCAUAUUGACAUUGAAUGAUUUCAUAAUCUAUGAUUUUGAAUCAGGAAAAGUUUUGCAUCUGGAUGACUUUGAGUUCAAAUACGACGGAUUGCCAUUAAAUAUCGAAUGGCACAACAAAACCGAUUUGCUAAUUGGUAGUACUCAUGGAGAUGUGCUUCUUUUGAAAAGUGUUAUUCCUGACAAUGAAAGCCAUCGUAAACGUGCAGCUAGUUUAUUUAUAGAUGAUUUGGAAGAGAGUGAUGGUGAUGAUUUUUUGGGUGAUAAUCAAAGAGAGAUUGAUAAUUUAAUAAAGGAGAAUGAAAAACGAGAGAAAAAUGGGUUUAAACGACAGCAUGAGGAUGAUGAGGAUUUGGACGAGGAAGACGAGGAGAAUGAGAGGGAGAGGGAGAGGGAGAGGGAGAGGGAGAAUGAGAAUGAGAAGAAUGAAGACGACGACGAGGGAAUUGAUGUUGAUGAUUCCAUAUUGGAUAAUGAUACUAAUUACCGAACCAAUGGCUUGUUUCGUGGCCACUAUAAAAAGCACAAGUCUGCUACGCCAAGUGAGUUUCACUCAAGAACCACAAUUGUUCCUCAUAGCAAAAUAGUUCCUUAUUCACCAGGGUCAACUCCCUUUGUCAACAAGGGAGAUUUAGUGGAUAGAAGAUACCUUACAAUGAACAACAUAGGAUACGCAUGGAUUGUAAUAAAUAAAGAGCCAGGAGCAAGUAAUAGCAUCACUGUGUCUUUCUUUGAUAGAUCCUUAAACAGUGAGUAUCAUUUCUCCGAAUACCAAAACUUUGAUCUUGCAUCAAUGAAUCAUAAGAGUAUACUAUUAGGAGAUAGUUCGAAAGGGUUGAUAUAUUACAAGUCACACAAUGAUGCAGGGUCCAACGAUUCAUGGGAACGGCAAUUACCAUUGCUCAAAGAUGAAUACCUCACAAGUAUAUGCAUUACUAAUCUAAAAUCAAAUUCCAAUACUAUUGUUGUUGGUACCAAUUUGGGUAACUUGAGAUUUUUCAAUCAAUUUGGUGUAUGUUUGAAUAUGAUGAGAAUUGAUCCUGUUGCGGCAUUGGCUUCUGCAACAUCCAGCUUCAAUAUCUUUAUGGUCAAUCAAGUUUCAACUGAUGUUUACUCGUAUUCGAUUAUAGAUAUUGCCCAAGACUACAAAUUUAUUCAACAAGACUGUACCCUCCCAUUAAGAGAAGGAAAUAAUCGGCCAUUGAUAAAGGGGCUAUUUUUCAAUGACUACAAUGAUCCUUGUUUAGUUGGUGGAGCAGAUGAUACAUUACUAGUCCUACAAUCAUGGAGACAACCAGGAAAUGCGAAAUGGAUCCCCAUACUCAACUGCACCAAUGCCAUUACUGAGUAUGGAUCAAAUGACAAUAAAAAGAAUUGGUCAUGCUGGCCAUUGGGACUCAUGAAUGAUUCGCUAAACUGUUUAAUUUUGAAAAACUGUCAAUUUCCGGGCUUCCCAUUGCCAUUACCCGUUGAAAUCGAUGUUGAGAUCCCUAUAAAGCUUAAACAAGAGGAAGAUGGUUGUGAAGAGGAGUUUUUACGAGCAAUAACUAUGGGCAAACUACUCAACGAUACUUUGAGCAACAAAGUCGAUGAGGAUGCGGAUGAGGAUGAGAUGGUGGAUGAAGACAAGAUGAUGGAGAAAUUGAAUCAAUAUGCUGUGAUGUUUGACAAAUCGCUCUUGAAACUAUUUGCCGAAGCAUGUAAGGAACAGAAAUUGAACAAAGCGUUUAGUAUUGCUAAAUUGAUUAAAAGCGAUGAUGCGUUGCUGGCAGCUGCAAAGAUCAGUGAGCGUAUGGAAUAUCUAGCCUUGGCUAGCAAGAUUGCUCAACUUCGUGAACGAUUAGUUGAUAUAGAGAGUGAUUAG